UCUCAAGACAGUUACAACUUACAACUUGCAAUCCAACGGUCUAGCAGUUUGUCUUGCAUCAGAGAUAUACAAGCGAAGGUGUAGCGCUAAAAGUUACUUACUCCACCAAACGAGAAGAGAAAGAUUGAAGAGAGUGAGAGAGAGAGAAGUGGAAAUGUGUGGGAGAAGUCGUUGUACUCUGAGAGCUGAUGACAUUCCUAGGGCUUGUUACCGCAACAACUCCUCAGUUCGUAAUCUUCACAUGGACCGGUACCGUCCAUCCUACAACGUUUCACCGGGACAUCAUUUGCCGGUUGUUCGUAGAGAACAAGGAUCAUCAUCAUCAGCAUCUGCUGCUGCUGGUGGUGCUGCUGCUUCUGAAUCAGAUGCUGUUGUUGUUCAUUGUAUGAAAUGGGGACUCAUUCCCAGCUUCACUAAAAAAUCUGACAAACCUGAUCACUACAAGAUGUUUAAUGCCCGAUCUGAGUCAAUAAGUGAAAAGGCUUCUUUCCGUCGUUUAAUCCCUAAAAACCGGUGCCUUGUUGCAGUAGAAGGAUUCUACGAGUGGAAAAAAGAUGGACAAAAAAAGCAGCCAUACUACAUCCAUUUCAAGGAUGGCAGGCCUCUUGUGUUUGCAGCUCUUUAUGAUGCAUGGGAAAAUUCAGAAGGCGAGAUCCUCUACACGUUUACAAUUCUCACUACUUCUUCUUCUUCAGCAUUACAGUGGCUGCAUGACAGGAUGCCUGUUAUUUUGGGUGAUAAGGUAUCAACUGAUACAUGGCUAAAUGGUUCUUCAUCUUCCAAGUUUGAUAACAUGCUUAAACCAUAUGAAGAUGCGGAUUUGGUGUGGCACCCAGUAACACCUGCAAUGGGUAAGCCAUCUUUUGAUGGACCAGAAUGCAUCAAUGAGAUAAAAUUAAAGAUAGAGGGCAGCAAUCCAAUCACUAAAUUUUUCUCAACAAAAGCAGCUAAAAAAGAAGAGUCAUCAAACUUAGAGGAGAAAAACUCUUGUGCAGAAUCUUUCAAGACUGAUCCACCAAAAAGCUUUAAAAAAGAGCCUGAGACUCAGGACAAUACGGCAUUCUCAUCCUUCACUGAAAAAGGUGACCAGGACUCAAGGAGCAAUCCAAUCUCCAAGUUUUUCUCAACAAAGGGAAUUAAAGAAGAAGAAUCAAACUUAGAGGAGAAAAAGUCUUCUGCCGAAUAUUUCAUGACUGAUCCACCAAAAACAAAAAGCUUUAAAAAAGAGCCUGAUACUGAGGACAACAAAGCGCUUUCAUUCUUCACUGGAAAAGGUGACCAAGACUCAACAUCUAGUGUUGUACAUUCUCAAGAUGGACCAGCCAAGUGCCAACUGAAGCGGGACUAUGAGGAGUUUAAUGCUGAUUCAGAGAAAAAUACUGAUGAAACUAGCAAGCUAUGCUCUACUCCGGCAAGGAAGAAGGGAAACCCGAAGGAUUGUAGUGAUAAACAACCCACCCUAUUUUCAUACUUUGGUAAAAGCUAGUGGGUGCGCCUUGCUAUGUAGAUUCCCUGUGCAUAUGCUGCACCUUGUACAUAAAUUUUGUUGUCAGUGUUGCAAGCUACAGAUGAAGACUUUUGUAAAAGUAGGCAGUAGCUUGCAAUCUGUUGUGUUUUUAAGAAAUUCCAACUUCACUCCUUUGCUGGAGGAUUGUAAAAAGAUUGAAAAUGCUCAUCAAUGAAAUUUGUUUAACGUUGACAAAGAGA